AUGUUGGUGCGAGAAGACCCACGAAUCACGUACACGAACAUUGACAAGAUCCUAGGUAUUAGUUCGGGGAGCGUCAAUACUAUCCUGCAUCAACAUCUUGGAGUGAGGAAGCUUUGUUGUCGAUGGAUCCCACGAUUGCUCUCCGGUGCUGAAAAACAGGCUCGAGUGGAUUGGUGCCGAGAAAUGCUUAUACGUUUCGAAAACGGGACAUCGAGACGUGUUUCAGAAGUCGUUACUGGUGAUGAAACAUGGAUCUAUCAAUAUGAUCCAGAAAGCAAGAAGCUGUCGUCGGUGUGGGUCUUCGCAGAGGGACAAUUACCGACAAAGUUGCAAAGACCUCGAAACGUCGGCGAAAAAUGGUAG